AAGAACAACAACAACCGCGUGAUUUCAUUUUAUUUUGAGAAACGAAAACGAUUAGUACGAUUACGAUUUUUCCAUUGAAAAGCUCUGUGUAUGAUGCAACUUCAAGUUUACAUAUUGAUAUUUCUUUAAUGUUAAUAUAAAGUUCACUUUUCUAUCAGUGUCCAGUAGUAUACAUUUCUCGAUGUCAAUUUACCACGACGAAGUAGAGAUAGAGGAUUUUGAAUACGACGAGGAAGACGAAACUUAUUACUAUCCAUGCCCAUGUGGUGAUCGAUUCCAAAUUUCUAAGGAGGAAUUGAAAGCUGGAGUUGAUGUAGCAACAUGCCCGAGUUGUUCGCUGGUAAUCAAAGUGAUUUUCGACCCGGUAAUGAUGCUUUUCAUUAUUUCCUUUCUUAUUUACGCUUAUCGUUCGUUGAAAUUUCUAUUGAUAUCAUUUAAUGAUGAUUUUAUGUAUUUUGAAGAACAAUUCAUUGAUGAAAACGAGAAGCAGAAAAACAUUAACGUAGAUAAAGAAACACUGAAAAAUUAA